AUGAGCAACCAUUUCGUUUCUCCUGGUGUCGGGAAGAGCACCAUGCUCCUUCUACUUUCCGCUUACCUCUCGAGCUACGCUUUCGCCUCAGUUGUACCCGAAUCAGUGGACGUUGCUAUCGUUGGUGCUGGUCUAUCUGGUCUCACCACAGCGCGAGACCUCCUUCACGGCGGCAAAUCCGUCGUCGUGCUCGAAGCAAGAGACCGUGUCGGCGGCAAAGUCUAUAACCACCCUCUAAAAAACGGCGGUGUCACCGAAGUAGGCGCCGAAUUCGUUGGUCCGACGCAGGAUAAAGUACUGCAGAUGAUUUCUGACCUGGGAUUGGAAACUUUCGAUACGUACAGUGAAGGGAAAACUAUCUUGUGGCGGAACAACACACACCUUACCUAUACACCGGAUCUGCAACUUGGUGGUGCACCGCCAGUCGAACAGGCGUCUCUCCUUGAAGUCGCUGGUGCACAGGGGCAGCUGAACGCAUGGGCAGCCGAGCUCAACACGAGUGCACCAUGGACGCACCCGAAGGCGGAAGAGCUUGACAGAAUGACUUUCCAGCAGUUCAUCGAUCAGCAGGCAACCCUCUCCGAUACUUCCUUCGUGCUGACCACAGCAUGUAAGGCCAUCUUCGCUGCCGAGCCACGCGAACUCUCCUUGCUAUACGUUGUCGCAUACAUCGCAGCCGCCGGUAAUGAGACGGCAGUCGGAACUCUGGACAGGUUGAUUGCCAUCAAAGACGGUGCUCAAGAGAAACGAGUUGUAGGCGGGACCGGUCUCAUUCCAGAACACCUAGCGAAAAAGGUUGGCAGCGAGCACAUCAUCCUGAACGCUGCUGUAUCUACCAUCACCAAGACACGCAAGGGCUACAAAGUCGUUUCUCGAGCGGGAACAGUACAUGCGAAGGAAGCCGUAGUUGCCAUGGCACCUCCACUAUUGCGUCAAAUUACCUUCUCACCACCACUUCCUACCAGCCGCCAACAGCUCAACCAAAAGAUGAAAAUGGCCUCCAUCGGAAAAGGCAUCCCAAUCUACUCUACUCCUUUCUGGCAUCAUGACAAUCUGAGCGCACAAGUUCUCUCCGAUAGCGGCUCCGUCAAAGUAACCUUUGACAGUACCCCCGAGGACACAUCUUUCGGCGCGAUACUAGGCUUCAUUCUCGGAGAUGAAAUGCGAGCUCUUGACAAACUAACCCCCGCACAGUGCGAGGAGAAGCUUCUGGCAGACUACAAGAGGUACUUCGGAGACAGUGGAACAAACAUAACUGAAUUCGUACUACAACGCUGGGACUUGGAAGAGUGGUCCAGAGGAGGUCCAGUGGCGGUUGCUCCGCCUAAUGUGCUCACGCAAUAUGGAAGCGCGUUGAGGGCGAAGGUCGAUGGGUUGCAUUUUGCUGGUACGGAGACGAGUCCGUAUUGGACUGGAUAUAUGGACGGCGCUAUCCGAAGCGGAGAAAGGGUUGCUAAGAAGAUUCUAGAGCACUGA